AUGUCCCCUUCGCCAGACAGGGACCGAGAUACUGUCCUUGAUCCAGCCAUUGUGGCUGCUUCUAUCGACUUCCCGGAUGGCAAGAAAAAACGCUCCAAUUCAGAGGCCACCGAGUAUCCCCGACGGCGUGCGACUAUAGCGUGCCAGAUAUGUCGCUUGCGAAAGACACGGUGCAAUGGUGCACGUCCAAGAUGCCAGCUCUGCACAGACUUGGAUGCCGAUUGCGUCUACCGAGAGCCGGGAAUCAAGCUCGACGCGGGAGACAAGUUGAUCAUCGAGAGGCUGAACAGAAUCGAAGGUUUACUCCAAUCCAGCCUAGUAGGACAACACCCUCCCUUUCCUCAGUCGUCUACCUCUCCUGCAACCAGUAACGACACCAACCUUGGCAGCGAUGACAUGGUAAACAAAUCAAGCCUGACCAGCUUGUCAGGCAGAACUUCUGUCGCUGGCAUGGCGUCAUGGGCUAAUCCUCCUGCAAGCAUCUCAACAAUGCCCAAGGUCCAUACCACCCCGGCAUUACACCUUCUCCAAUGGCCUUUGAUCCGAGAUCUAGUAGCGGGCCCCUACGACCCUCACACCCUCCUGCAACUUGAAAUGGCCCGCGAGCCUCUCAGGAUGACCACUGUUGCUGGACUUGACUUAUCCAAUGCAAAUACCUAUGUGCAGUCCUUUUUUGAACGCGUUAAUGUGUGGUAUGCCUGCGUGAAUCCGUACACGUGGUCCCAAUAUCACAAGCGAGCAAUGGCCCAAGGGUUCCAAGAAGGAGCAGAGAGCUGCGUGGUGCUCCUGGUUCUAGCGCUAGGCUGUGCAAGCCACUAUGGAACCAUCUCGUCCAUUCCUCCCGAUAGGGAAGCUCCUGGCCUGCCAUAUUUCACCGCAGCGUGGAAUCUUUUGCCCUCUGUGAUGAUGCGCAAUUCCGUACUCGCAGCCCAGUGCAUCAUCUUGUCCUCUGCCUACUUAUUCUACCUAGUGAGGCCGUUGGAGGCCUGGACGCUACUAUCCAACGCCAGCAUGAAGCUCCAGUUACUUUUCGGCAACACUUCGCGUGUUCCUGCACAGUGGAAAGAGCUCAGCGUGAGAGUAUACUGGAAUGCUCUUCUCUACGAAAGUGACCUCCUAGCAGAACUAGACCUUCCUCACUCGGGUAUUGUGCACUUUGAGGAGUCGGUCGACUUACCAGGAGGAUUUGAAGAAGACGACGAGGAGGAGGAAGACGAGGACCCGGUUGAAAAUCCCCAUAAUGGCAUGAUCCACAGUGAUUCAGUGGGCAAUGACGAGCUUUGGUACUUUCUGGCUGAGAUCGCGCUUCGAAGAUUGCUUAACCGUGUCAGCCACAUGAUAUACCAGAAGGACAAUACCUUAACACUAGCCUCCCUCGGGCCUAUCGUCUCGGAAUUGGAUUUCCAGCUCUCACAAUGGUAUGACAGCCUCCCGCGGCCCGUUCAGUUCCCUCUCGCCCAUACACCCUUCUCCAAUCCCGUCCAGACCGUUCUACGACUGCGAUACUAUGCUUGUCGAACGAUCAUCUACCGACCCUAUAUCCUAGCUGUCUUUGAAAAUGAGCAGACUUCCGCCGACCCGCUUGUGAAAGAGUGCUGCCGACGAUGCCUGGAAGCCACACUACGCCAGUUGGAAGAUAUUACCAGUCACCGUGAAGGACAUCUCCCCUACCUUUGGCAAGGAGCCUUGUCGAUGGUGUCACAGACAUUGCUCAUCAUGGGGGCAACAAUGUCUCCCGCUCUGGCGGCAUUAUUGCCCCCGCCCAUCCGAGUGGAUGGAAUUAUCGCCGGCGUCAUGGCAGAGGUGGAUAGAUAUGCCCAUCUCGCGCCCAGCUUGAGACUUUCAGCCGAAAUCAUUCGAGACGCGGAACGACGGAGGCAGGUUUGGAUCCGGUCGUCGGGUAAGAGACUUUGA